CUCUGCGUAAACGGAGAGAGUGGAGAAGGAGAGAGCGCACGGAGAGAAAAGCAGAGCUUAGUGGCAAGGCAGCAGUGCCGCUGACACGAGUGAGGGACCCCGUGGCUAUUUCCACCACCUCUCUCUUCUCACAGCUUAACCUGCGCCUUUUGAGACGGACUUCGACAUCGGGACUAUAGGCUAUAGACCUUUUGGUUUUGGACUCGUUUGAUUAAUCAGCAGACCCUGAAGUGGAGAGGGGGUUCUUAUUCCCCCACCGUGGACCGAGGAGUUGUGUGUGUGUGUGUUUAUGUGUUUUACGCGUUGCUUGUAAUGGGGAAAAGUGGACAGAGAAGUGGAAUAGGACACGGGGGUUGCAGCUUGGUGAGGAUGUGCGCCACGCCGGGGAUCCUGCUUCUCAUAGUGCUCGUACACCAAGGAGUCGCCCAAGUGAGAGAUGAUGAUGAUUUCCUGAGUCUGAGUGAACUCCCGGAAACCUUCCCCUCCGACCCUCCGGAGCCCUUACCUCACUUCCUGUUUGAACCUGAGGAAGGCUACAUUGUCAAGAAUAAACCUGUCAAUCUCUACUGCAAAGCAACGCCUGCCACGCAGAUUUACUUCAAGUGCAACAGCGAGUGGGUCCAUCAGAAAGACCACACUGUGGAGGAGAGGGUGGACGAAAACUCAGGUCUGGUCGUAAGAGAAGCCAGUAUAGAAAUCACACGGCAGCAGGUGGAGGAGCUGUUUGGUCCUGAAGAUUACUGGUGUCAGUGCGUGGCCUGGAGCUCUGCUGGAACCACCAAAAGCCGCAAGGCGCACGUUCGCAUUGCAUACCUGAAGAAGUCAUUUGAACAGGAACCCUUAGGAAAGGAAGUAUCUCUGGAGCAGGAAGUGCUGUUACAGUGUCGCCCUCCAGAGGGCAUACCAGCUGCUGAGGUGGAGUGGUUGAAGAACGAAGAGAUAAUUGACCCAGCAGAGGACAGAAACUUCUACAUCACCAUCGACCACAACCUGAUCAUCAAACAGGCGCGUCUGUCUGACACAGCCAACUACACAUGUGUGGCUAAGAACAUAGUGGCCAAAAGACGAAGCACUACAGCCACUGUUAUUGUUUACGUGAAUGGUGGUUGGUCGACUUGGACGGAGUGGUCGGUGUGUAACAGUCGCUGUGGACGGGGCUUCCAGAAACGAACCCGCAGCUGCACUAACCCCGCCCCUCUGAAUGGAGGACUGCCUUGUGAUGGACAGGCCAUACAGAAACUACCCUGUACCACACUGUGCACCGUGGACGGUGUGUGGACAGAGUGGAGUAAGUGGUCGGCCUGUGGGACAGAGUGUACCCAGUGGAGGAGGAGGGAGUGCAACAACCCAGCACCUAAAAACGGAGGAAAGGACUGUGACGGGCUGGUACUCCAGUCUCAGAACUGUACCGACGGACUCUGUAUGCAAAGUUCAUUGUUUCAGAUGUCCACUGAGCCCAAAGAAAAGAGUGAUUUGGGAAUCCCAUCUGCUCCAAGUACAGAUGAUGUGGCGCUAUACGUGGGCAUUGUCAUUGCAGUGAUUAUGUGCCUGGUCAUCUCUGUCAUCGUGGCGCUUUUUGUCUACCGCAAGACACACCGUGACUUUGACUCGGACAUCAUUGACACCUCGGCACUUAACGGAGGCUUCCAGUCUGUUAAUAUCAAAACAGCCAGAUCAGCUGAUCUGCUGACAGUUCCUCCUGAUUUGACUAAUGCAGCUGCCAUGUAUCGUGGUCCAGUGUACGCCCUCCACGAUGUUUCAGAUAAAAUCCCGAUGACCAACUCCCCUCUGCUGGACCCUCUUCCCAACUUGAAAAUCAAAGUCUACAACUCUUCUGGUCUGGUCACGCCGCAGGACGACCUCGGAGGAGACUUCACAUCCAAACUGUCUCCUAAGGUAACUCAGUCUCUGUUGGAUAACAGCGACACCAUGAACCUUCGCAACCAGAGCUUGGCUCGAACACGAGACCCUUCAUGUACCGCUCACGGAUCCUUUAACAACCAAGGAGGACACCUCAUCGUACCCAACUCUGGUGUGAGUUUGUUGGUUCCAGCGGGUGCUGUUCCUCAGGGUAGGGUGUACGAGAUGUAUGUGACUGUGCACAGGAAGGACAGCUUGAGACCCCCGGUUGAGGACAUCCAGACAGUGCUGAGUCCAGUGGUGAGCUGUGGACCUCCAGGAGCUCUGCUGACCAGACCAGUGAUCCUCACCAUCCACCACUGUGCUGACAACGUCCAAGAAGACUGGCUCAUGCAGCUGAAGAACCAGCUGGCCAUGGGAGAGUGGGAGGAUGUGGUUGUAGUUGGAGAGGAAAACUUCACCACCCCCUGCUACGUGCAGAUGGACUCGGAGGCAUGUCACAUCCUAACAGAGACACUGGGGACUUACUGCCUGGUGGGCCAGUCAAUCUGCAAGGCAGCCGCCAAGAGGCUUAAACUGGCUGUUUUUGGACCCGUCUCCUGCACAACUUUGGACUAUCACAUCAGGGUCUAUUGUCUGGAUGACACACAGGAUGCACUCAAGGAGGUUCUUCAGAUGGAGACCCAGAUGGGAGGGAAGCUUCUGGAUGAGCCAAAGACCCUGAACUUUAAAGACAGCACACACAAUCUGAGACUGUCAAUCCACGAUGUUCCACACACACACUGGAAGAGCAAACUCAUCGCAAAGUAUCAGGAGAUCCCAUUCUACCAGGUGUGGAGUGGCAGUCAGAGAACUCUUCACUGUACCUUUACCCUGGAGAGACUGAGCCCAGCCACCACAGAUAUCAGCUGCAAACUGUGUGUACGGCAGGUGGAAGGAGAAGGGCAGAUCUUUCAGCUCAGCAACACAUUGGAGGAGGAGGUUCAGUGCAUAGACACGUCCCUGAUGGACCCUGCCAGUAAUAUCACAACCUUAGUGGGACCCAAUGCCUUCCGCAUUCCUUUAUCCAUCAGACAGAAGCUGUGUGGCAGUCUAGAUGCACCACAGACCAGAGGCAAUGACUGGAGGAUGCUGGCCCACAAACUCAACCUUGACAGGUAUCUGAACUACUUUGCCACCAAGUCUAGUCCGACAGGUGUGAUCCUGGAUCUCUGGGAGGCCCAGCACUUCCCCGAUGGAGACCUAAAUGAACUGGCCGCUGUGCUGGAAGAGAUGGGUCGCCAUGACGGUAACUUUGCCUCCAUGACAACGGAACACUGACGAAGCAGUGUGGUUACCGUGACAGAACUCUGGAGACGAUUACACUCAAAUUUAUUCUCGAAGGUGGAUGCUGCGGCAAGGGCAAUGAACAAAUCAGAUGUGAGCAAAAGAAAAGUUGUCGCCAUGGUGAUUGAGCACCGGUUAAAUACCAUGGCACUCAUUCCGAUAUGGUAACAGACAAGAAAUGCUCAAGCUAGUGCUGGAAACUAUGUGUAUCUUUGUGUGUUUAUUUGAGCAGUGUUGCAGUGUUGUGUGUGACUGAAGGAGACAUAACCCAACCUACGACACAAACACAGUCCGUCAGGAACAAAUAAAACAUACACACGCAUAAAAAAAAAGACCUUGUCUGGUGCAACACUAGGUGUUCUCUUGCUGUUACUUUAUACUGAACAAAGAGAAGCAGAGAAAAGAGGCAACAGAGGUACUGACCUUGAAAACCUCUAUAAGAAUGGAACAGAAUCAUAAAGGGAGAAAAGCUAAACUAAUUACAAACGAGUGGGUGAAGGUAGAGUGAGGAAAAAGAGGGAGUGAGUCAGACACUGACUCUUUAGUAAGACAAGAGUAAACACAGAGAGAGGCUGAGCUGAUUACAAAAGGGAGGGAGGACGUAAACAUAAAAUGAUGGAAGAAGCCGCAGGUGAUCAUCUGUACGAACAGGAUGGAAAACAGAUAAUGAGAGAGCGGAGAUAAAGAAGUGAUUCCUCACUUCUCUUGCAAGCCUUGGCUGUACGUGAUUUGCCAGUACAGUUUGUUGUCUUUAUAUAUCGUUUCCUAGGGAACGCUCUAUGUAUUCUGCUGUCCAUAUGUGUGGAUCAUUUCCCGCAAACAGAAUUUGCUACACAGUGUGACUGUCAAUCAAAGGGUCCUGACCAGAAACAAGCCCAACACUACAGGUUUCCCCUUUAUGGCUGACAUCAUAAGUAAUGUUUAAAUUUUUGUUAUAUUGGAGUUUGUGACUUUCCUCCAAAAUGCAUGAAGAUAUUAAAUCAUGCAGGUCACAGGAAGUUUAGAAGUACCAAGUCAAAGGAAACUGUACUUCCUGUCCAGUUGCAUUACAUCUGUGCCUCUGAUUUUCUUGAAAAAGGCUAUCCAAAGAUGAUUACACUCCUGAUGGAUGAAAGUAAAAACUUAUUUUUAUUAUUUUAGCAGUGUGUGGUUGUGACAAACCUUUCUGUUUUGAGGUAAGAUGGCACUUAUUAUAAACGGAUAAACAGGGCAAAGAUGCAAACUGUCAGCUAUUCAUUCUCAUACACAGAAUAUUUUAUAAUAUAAAAUGUUUGUUUUGAUAGCUUCAUAAUUUACUCAUUUUAAAACUGCAUAUAUAUUUCUUCAGGAAAUAAAUAAAAACAUCAAAAACAUUUCUGUAACUGUUGGUUUCACCACGAGCAUCAAAGCAAGGAUGAUCUUCAAGCUACAAAUCCCUUAACUAAAAUCAAGUGUUAACGUAUUUUCUGCAGUGCUGCUACUUCAUUCCACCCCAAAGAGCAGUUGUUUGGAAGCUGUAGUGCAGAUAGAUACUAGACGCAGGGUGGGGAAUUCCAGCCUUGGCUAGCACAUUUGGUUAACCACACCUCAAUUCCAGGAGUCUCUCUGAUGGACUGUUGGGGCUUGUUUCUGGACAGGGUCCAACUCAGAGAAAACCGAGAAGAAGCAAAAAAUGAUGAACUGAAAGUGAAAACAUAAGUGUUUUUAAAUACAGUAAUCUACAAACUACCACACUAUUAUGUGUUACAUCAUGUGUAUACAGCUAAUAUCAUUCAUCACCGCUAAAUGUACACAAUAUACUGAUUUUAUCAAUCAUAUUUUAAUUUACUAAAAUAUAUAUACUGUAGCCUAUAUAUAUAUAUAUAUAUAUAAAUAUAUAUAUUUCUGUCAUAUUUUUGGUGUCUGAUCAUCACAGAAUGAGAGUUCUGUUGUCUGCUGUCAGGCCACAUUUCAUUUGUGAUCCCCACCAUGACUUGGUCAUGGUCACUAGCACCAUCCAGUGGCUUUUGAGGAAUAACAGCAUUUACAUUUUUUGAUUGUCUGUAACUUGUAAAUACAUUAUUAUGUUCAUUCUAAUGACCUUUUUAUUAUCAUAAUGUUUCUGUUCUGUGUUCAUUAUUGUGUUAUUUACAUUAACAUUGUUUACCAUUUUAAAGUUUUUACAAGUGUGAACUGUAUGGGGGAUAAAAUCUGUAACAUAUCAGUUAGUUGCCCUAAAACAAUGCUCUGUCAGCAACUAACAUUCCAACUCAUGGUGUAUUUGUUGAAAAAGUUGCAAUUUAGAGCUAAAAAUCUAAAUACCAACUUAAUAGGCCUACUGUAUGUAAAAUGAAGUGUAAUAUAUUUGUUUUUUAGAACAACAUUGUUAAGCAGGGCUGAUUUUUAAAUGAAUGCAUAGACUUGGGUGAACAGUGUCUGGCGAAAAGGUGAAACUCCAGCAAGCCAGCUUUGAGGGAAGAAAAACAGCCUUAUUUUUAGUGGCUUUUAAAUAGCUGUCAGAUGCCACUGGGGACAUAAACUCUAUUCACCAUGUAAAGACAACACAGUUCAAAGGGAAUACAUGUAAAAUGCUCAAAAACUGGAGUCAAGCUUUUUCCGCUCUGAACUAUGGAGAGACGCCAUAUGAAACCGAACAUCAGGUAUGUAGAGGAGAUACUGAGGAGGGUAUUGUGAAGAACACCAAGUAGGCAGGCUUAGUUAACACCAAUACAAAAGGUUAGAUCUUUACCUCCUCAUGACAGAUUUCAUCUUGCAUCAGUCCACACAGGAGGAAACCUUGAGACAUUGAUUUUACAUAUGGAUUUUUUCAGAAAUAUGCAAGCUAAAAGUCUGGUCUUUUGUAUUGGUGUAAAACCAGAUGUAGAAGACAAAGGCCUCAAAAUGAUGAUCUUUUAAUUUUGGACAGCCUUAUUAACCAAAUUAGUAAAGGUGUAUGGUUAAAUGAUGGAGAGGAUGUUUUGUAUGUUUUCAAAUGUAACUGCUGAUGUCAGAUGUGAGGAAAUCAAAGGGAAGAGGUUUUGAGGAUAAAAGCCUAAAACGUCAAUUAAGUAUGUUUCAGAACGAAACAUGAACCCAAAUGUCAUGAAAAUGUCUCUUUCAUACAAUGUAAUGUGCUCAUCAACAUCUCUUAUUAACUCAAAUGCAGAAUACAAGCUCAAAUUGUAUCUGUUAAGAAAUGUUAGUUACCAGUUGGGUAACUUUACCCAAAAUUUUAUCCUUGCCAUGUUCUGAGUCUACAGUUUACCAGCAGGAUAGACUCUCAUAUGAGGAGAACAAACAUAGGCCACCAGAAGGUGAUCCUUCGUGAUGUAAAACUGAAGAAAGUAGUGUUAAGAUAUCAAAGUAUGUAAAAAAUAUUUUGUAUCAACGUGUACAGUUGUGUACUGUCAGCUAUAUUUGGCAAAUUUGAGAAAAUAAAAAAGAGCAGUACAGUUAGAUACUAGUUUGUAUGUUUAAAGUUUUUAUUUAAGUUUCUUUCCUGUUUUGUGAAAGCAGUGUCUACUAUGCAAACUUGGCAUUGGUUAUCAUGAUAUAAGUCUAUAACUAGAGCUGUGCUUGUAAGUGCAUUUUAAUUUUAAUAUCAGGAGUGAUUUGAUUUGAUUAGUGCAGGGUAGUGUUGGUCCAUAUUUGCUAAUUCUGGCACGCUUUAUGAAUCUUGCUCAAUCUUGCUGAAUGCUCGCCUCUCUAUCUCCUCUAAUUGUUUUCUGUACAAAGUGUAAGAAAGAAUUUUUAAGACAAUUAAUAAAUUAUAUUUAUAAGCAAUGCUGAAAA